UUUUAGCUGAUAGCAAAGAACCGGCCUCAUUCAGCGACUUCAAGUUCUCCAUCGAGCCAAGUGAUGUCAUAGCUUUAAAACAUCAACCAGCCUUGUUGAAUUGCUCAGCAGAAUAUGGUGGCUCUAAAACGCCAGAAAUGCAGUGGAUCCGAGAUGGUGUAUUUAUGAACUUUGAGGGUGAUACUAGGAGAUAUAAGCUCAGUAAUGGAUCGUUAUUUUUCUCUGAAAUCGUCCAUUCACGAGACAGUCGACCGGAUGAGGGCAUUUACCAAUGUGUCGCCUCCGUAGCUGGUUUAGGAACCAUCGUCAGUAGAACUGUGAAACUACAAGUAGCAUAUAUAGCAAGGUCAUUUACUCAAGAACCUGUUACCCAACAAUUACGGGUCGGCGAAACCGCCAUGUUUCGAUGUCUAAUAGAUGGCGCUCCUCCACCUCAAAUAACAUGGUUUAAAGAGGACUAUGAACUAAAACAGGAAGAUUCUAAUAUAAACUUACAGAUUUACCCAGAAGGUGUAUUAGAAAUAUCAGAUAUAAAACCAUCAGAUGUUGGGAGAUAUCGGUGCAAAGCUGUGAAUGCUGAUAGGUGGCGUAUGAGUUCCUACGCUGCUUUGACACUUUUAUCUGGCCAAGAUUCUCUGUUUGGAGUCUCACCUACAUUUGUGAUGGUGCCCAGGGAUAAAUCAGUUCUAGAGGGCACCACUGUGACACUAUUCUGUGCUGCUAAUGGCUUAGAUAGGUUGCGAUUCAAACCAACUAUACUUUGGCUGAAAGAUGGCAAGGAAAUUGAUAUGUCUGACCUAGAUAGCAGAUUUUCAUUGGUGGGACCUACCACAAGUAAUCUACAGAUAUCAGAAGUGUUAGAAGAGGAUGCGGGGCUAUACACGUGUAGGGCUAGUAAUAAUGUGGACUCUAAUGAUGCUGAUGCUACACUCACAGUACAUGUGAAACCCAGAUUUGUCACGAAACCUCAUAACAUGUAUGCUCACGUGAGUGCCGAUGUCAGGUUUGACUGUAAUGUGUACAGUGUCCCGCCACCUACCAUCCAGUGGAUGAAAAAUGGCGAUGUUGUCAUCCCUAGUGAUUACUUCCAAAUUAUUAAUGAUCGUGACCUGAAGAUUCUGGGAUUGGUGAAUUCUGACGAUGGCCUCUACCAGUGUGUGGCAUCAAAUGUUGCUGGGACCAUUCAAGCUUCAGCUCAGCUUGUGAUCCUUCAACCAGACGUACCCAUUCCAACUCUCCGCCCUCACACCACCCCUACACCUGCAGGACAGACAGAAGGGGUAGCUAGCGAUCUCCCGGGGACCCCAAGGCAGCUGGCAGCGGCGAUAGUUUCUACUAGGUUUGUGACGCUAUCAUGGAGAGAGCCAUUAAUGACUGGAGAGUCUAUUAUCAACAACUAUAGUGUAUACUGGAAGGAAACUGGCUCAAACAGGGAACGAGUGACAAACACCUCAGCUACUGAAUUGAAUAUUCAGCACUUGAAGCCGUCAACAAGAUACGAAUUCAGAGUGCUUGCAUACAACAGUCUCGGGCCUGGAAGGAGUAUGGCAGAAAUAACUGUUGAGACACAACCUGAGGUUAAUGUACCAAGCUCGCCUCGUGAACUCCGAGCAUUUCCCCUUAGUCCAUCUGUUAUCAAAGUCAUGUGGCGGCCGCCAGAGAAACCAAAUGGCGCAAUCACCAACUAUAAACUCUACUACUAUAAAGUAGGCGCAGAGGAAGAAACCGAUGUCUCUGUGAAUGGUCUAGAAAAGAUCCUGUCUGGUCUCAAAGGGUUCACAGAGUACAGUUUUAGGGUGGUGGCAUUUAACAGUAAUGGCCCUGGGAUGAGUACGGAAGAGGUCAACUCGAGGACAUAUUCUGACGUCCCGAGUGCAGUCCCACAGAACGUUACCAUAGAAACAGACAGCUCAACAAGUAUCGUAAUAAGAUGGGAACCUCCUUCUGAGGAAAAUCGCAAUGGUAUCAUAACAGGUUACAAAAUCCGAUACAAACGCGAGGGUGCUCGUCGGGGAGAGACAUUUACAACUGCUGGGGACUUGAGGGUUUAUACUAUUGCUGAUCUUCAACGCCACACCACCUAUGUUGUUAGAAUAUCCGCCAUGACUGUCAAUGGGAGUGGGCCUGCCACUGAGUGGCUGCGUGCUGAAACUUUCAUUUCUGAUCUUGAUGAAUCCACCGUACCUGGACAACCCAGUUCACUGCGAGUGCGCCCUCUACCAACCUCUAUAGUCGUCAGCUGGACUCCCCCUGUCAACACCGAAGUGAAGAUCAGAGGCUAUAAGAUUGGCUAUGGGAAAGGUAUCCCAGAUGUCCAUGAGAUUUAUGUUGACGCAAAGCAAAGAUAUUAUACAUUGAGAAAUCUAGAACCUGGAUCGGAGUAUGUCAUAAGUCUGAGAGCAAACAAUAAUAAAGGUUUUGGUGUACCAAGCCUAGAGACUGUAUCAACUCGUCAGAAAGCACAAGAGGAGUCUGCCACUCCCAUGAUUCCUCCUGUUGGGCUUAAAGCCAUUGUCCUAUCAUCAUCAACUAUUGUGGUCACAUGGUCUGAUUCUACUCUUGGUCGAAAUCAGCGAAUCACCGAUAUUAGAUAUUACACAGUCAAGUAUAACGCUGCACCAUAUAACAAAAAACCAAAAUACAUCAACUCAACAGAUCUCAAUGUCCAUAUAGAAGAUCUGAAACCCAACACUGAAUAUGAAUUCUCAGUGAAGGUGAUUAAAGGAAAGAGGCAAAGUACGUGGAGCUUGAGUGUGACAAAUAGGACAUUUGAGGGGAUCCCCCAGACUGCCCCUCGAGACUUGACAACCAUUCGUGCAGCUAGAAAUCCGUCACAUCUUAUCCUUAAUUGGCAGCCUCCCCGUGUGGCAAAUGGGCAGGUCACAGGUUAUCUUGUGUUUUACACGACAGAUGCGACACGCAAUGAUCGAGACUGGGUAGUGGAGGGCGUAUUGGGAGAUAAAUUGACUGUAACCAUCAAGGGACUUACUCCUGAGACAACUUACUACUUCAAGGUCCAAGCGAGAAACAGCAAGGGAUAUGGUCCUUUCUCAUCAACAGCAAUUUACAGCACACCUAAAUCGGAUGGCACAGGAGGUGGGCCUAUUAAGACCCCAGGGAUCUUGGAUCCACCCCUAGACGCUGGAGACAAUACUGGUAAUUCAAAAGACAACCAACAGGGUAGCUCAGGUGGUAUUUCCACUAACACACUCUGGAUUAUCAUCGCAUGUAUUGCUGGCGUGACGAUUAUCGCGAUCGUCGGUGUCAUCGUGUUCUUGUGUAAAAGACGUAUGGAUAACAACUCCUCAGAGAGGAGGUCAAAAUACAAACCAGCCAAGACUGCAGCCAAGAGUGGACCAAAUAAAGACUUGAAACCUCCAGAUCUUUGGAUCCAUGACCAAAUGGAGCUGAAAAAUAUGGACCGCUCGCAACAGGAGCCUUUAAUGGUCACAACAAUACCUCAAGACAUGCAGCAGAAUCCAGAAGAAAUGCCACUGGAAAUGGAUAAAAGACGUAAUUCUUUUAUAACCAUCGCCACAGCGCUACCCAAUGGUCACCUAUCAGGAGAUGAUUCAUUGACGCGACCUGUAUACCCACGCACCAACUAUUACAGUAGCACCCCCAGGGUGCAUGCGGGAGACUCCUCCCUCCCCAGCUCAGGACUUCAAUCUCCUACGUCCCCCUCGCCUCAAAAUGAACUGCCACCUAUUCCAUAUGACCAGCUCUCGUUGCAUAGUAGCCGUAGCGAUGGCACGGAUGGAACGAAUAAGAGUCUUCCUCCGGGCCCUAGGCCUCAGCACCCCCUGAAAAGUUUCACUGUACCGGGGCCGCCCCCUCAUUUACUUAACCAGCAGAGUGCCCCAAGCACUCCUGCUGCUCGGCAUAUAGAUGAUUGCCCUCCCGACAGAAUUGUACGAGUGAAGCCGCAGCAACCCUCUAGUCCAUUUAAAAAACCGCCAGCAUCUUUGAUGUCGGCAAAUUUUAAUAAAAAUCGACCACCUCUCCCCGUGAUAUCACCGCGGGCUCCAGAUGUUACAAUGACGGGGAAUUUAGGAAAUCCUGAUAUACAGACUAGUACAGAAGAAUUAACACAGGAAAUGGCCAACUUAGAAGGAAUCAUGAAAAACCUUAAUGCUAUAACUCAAGCAGAGUUUGAAUGCUAGCCAAAAUUGAAAAAAUCUGAAAAAUGAUUUAAGUAUUACUGCCUCCCAGCUGCUCAUUAUGUGAAAUGACCUUUUACUCUGGACUAGAUUUUAAGCAAGAGUGUGUGGCAUUUCAUUGACCGAGUUUAAAUUUAGAUAAACCUAGGUAAAACUCCACCUAGUGAUUGAUCUCGUAACUAAACCUUGGGAGGUAUUGGUUGAAUGCUAUUGGGGAGGCCUUUGUAUGAAUAAUCAUCCAUAAACUGGCAUAAUACUUUCCCAUCUGGAAUGGACCCUGGCUCUGGUAUGGAGCCAAAUGGAGUCACAGUACUGCAAUGGAGCCACAGCCUUCAUUCAGUACUGAAGCAGAAUCAAGACACUGGUAUGGAGCUUUGUGGUCUAAAUUACUCACUGGUGGAUAGUCCAAGCAAUAGCAAUAACUAGAAGCCACACGUGGACAAAGCAAGCUAUGGGAAGCGAGGAACCCAGAAAUGUGCCAGGGCAUAUAACUUAUAAGCCCACACGCAAUGAGGCAGCAGCUGCCAAACAUAGGGCAGUCGUUGCUGCCAUAUGAGUUGCCAAUAAAAUGUCUAUGUGUACGUGAAACAAUAAUUGUACAGGGCAGUGAUGUAUACUCUAAGUUGUAUAUAGCAUUUAUAUAUGAGAUACCAAACUUAAUGGACGCUCAACGAGUGCCAAUUUUGUUAAAGAAAAAUCAUGGCAAUUGUGAUUUAGCAAAAUGAAGAUCACAAUAUUGGAAAUUAGCAAGGAAGAACCAGAAAGAUAUGAUGUACUUGACUAUGUGAAUUGUAUUAAAAUGAGAGAAUAUCAGACAGUUAUAAGAUAUAUGAGUGCAAGAUAACAAUGUUGAUAAUUAUUGUGAGUGUAUGUGGACCUAGUUGUGACAAAUCUGUGUUUAGUAAAUUCAAUUUCAAGAGCUGCUAUCUGAGAAAUGGCAAAUCCUAUGCAGUUGAAGUACUAGAUAAAUCCUCUCUACAGUGAAUUCCCUGAAAUGUGAACAGUUAUUUAGCCAUCGCACUUGAAAAGUGAUAUUGUCAUCAUCAGCUAUCAGAAAACAUUAUCAUUUGGUUAUCAACAUGAAACAGGUUAGUGACAAAAAGUGCUGAUGUUUGGAGGUGGCCAUUUUGCUUUCCAAGUGUGAUAUUUAUCACUGUGUUUGUCUUGUUUUAU